UCCCGUAAUUUUAAUUGAAUCCACCCCUCAAAAACCCAAACCCCUCUUCUUCCUCUGCCCUAGUACCAUACUCUCACCGAGAAAUCCUUACCGGAAAAACACCUCAAAAUCAACCUGCGGCAUUCAAAGAAUCUCCUUCAUCCUUCGUCACUGUACUGACUUUCCUAAUCUCUUCCAGAGUUGAAGUCCAUCAGUGUUACGUAAAAUGGAGGAUAAAACAACGAAAGAUUCUGAAUCGAUCAACUCAAAUCGGAGGGGUAACAGUAGCCAGAAGAGGGAAAGGGGCUUGCAGAUUGAAGGAUACUCGUUAGAAGGGAUAUCAAUAGCAGGUCAUGAGACGUGCAUAAUAGUUCCCUCGCUUAACUUAGCCUUUGAUAUUGGCAAGUGUCCUCAGCGUGCCAUCUCCCAGCAGUUCCUUUUCAUCUCUCAUGGCCACAUGGACCACAUAGGAGGACUGCCUAUGUAUGUUGCGACUCGUUCCCUUUACAGAAUGAGACCUCCUACUAUUAUUGUACCAAAAGUAAUCAAAGAAAGUGUAGAGAAGCUUUUUGAAGCUCACCGAGCUAUGGAUCACUCAGAACUGAACCAUACUUUGAUUGGGUUGGAUGUGGGGGAAGAAUUCUACUUGAGGAAAGAUCUUAAAGUUAGAGCAUUUAAGACUUAUCAUGUCAUUCCUAGCCAGGAGAGGAAGCAGCUGCUACAGUCGGAUGGUUAUAUAGUAUAUUCAAUCAAGCAGAAGCUUAAGCAAGAAUAUGUUGGCCUUCCAGGAGAUGAGAUUAAGAAGUUAAAGUUAUCAGGUGUGGAGAUCACGAACACUUCAACAGCACCUGAAAUUGCAUUUACAGGAGAUACAAUGUCGGACUUCAUCAAGGAUCCCAAAAAUGUUGAUGUUUUGAGGGCAAAAAUCCUCAUAAUGGAGAGCACUUAUGUGGAGGACAAAACGACAGCAGAUAAUGCAAGAGAAUAUGGACAUACUCAUCUGUCUGAGAUUAUCAAUUUCGCAGACAUGUUUCAGAACAAAGCCAUCCUCUUAAUCCACUUUUCGGCCCGAUAUCAGUUGGAUGUUAUUCAGGAGGCUAUUUCUGCAAUACCUCCACCUUUGGCAGGCAGAGUUUUUGCGCUUACAGAAGGCUUUUGAUGCAGACACCAAAUCUAUGUAUCUGAUUUUUUGGACAUCUCCAUUUCCUUUCCCCUCCCCUAUGAUUUGGCUGAUUUUUCAAAGAGCAGUAAUGAUGAAGAAAUUUUUUGCUAUGGAAGUUAGGUUGUAAUAGCUUAAAACUAAGCCAGAUCCAGUUCAAUCUGAUAAAUUAUGGUCCUCCGGGCCCUGGGGACAUCUGGAUUUUUGGGGGAAAAUCUGAUUUGUAUUUAUUGAUUAAUGUCAGCAGUCAGCAGAUAUUAUUUUAUGCAUGAAAUUACUAAGAUGGAAAUCAUAGUACUGAUAA